GUUACCACUUCCAAGGUAUUUUCAAACAUUAAAUUUGGUCCAGAUGCUGAAUCUGUUUAAACUGGGAAAACAGAAGCAUUACGUUUAGCAUUACUACUCUGAACCUUUGAAACCUGAAUCAAAAUUUUGUUAAUUUCAUAUAAGCUAUUUACGUUGCUGUUUUAUGUAGUAAAUAUGUUGAUUUUGCCUCUUAGGUUCUCCCAUGUUUAAACAGGGUUAACACAAUCAUUUCUGUUUUCUUGCCAAAGGGCUGAAUGGCAGACACCUUGUGGAAUCAUGCCUUUGUCACACACAUUCUGGUGGCUUUAUUUGGAAUGGGAUCCUGGAUCUCUGUGAACUCAUUAUGGGUUGAGUUGCCAGUUGUUGUCAGUGUUCUUCCUGAAGGUUGGAACCUGCCUGCAUAUCUUUCCGUUCUCAUUGCAUUUGGUAAUUUGGGGCCAGCUGCUGUGACUUUGUCUCAUCAUCUUGCCCCAGGAUGGUUAAAUGAGCGCAUUGUCAUCCACUGUAUCCAGGUGCUGGCGGUUGUGGCCUCGGUCUUUCUUUCUCUGUUCUGGCAUGAAGUGGUCAGUGUUGCGGGAGAGUCAAGAUCUUUGCCGUAUCUGUUGCUGACCUUUGUGCUUGCGUUUGUGUGUUGCACGUCCAAUGUCACCUUCCUACCCUUUAUGUACCGUUACCCUCCGCAGUACAUCCGUACAUUUUUUGUAGGCCAGGGCCUUAGUGCACUCUUCCCUUGCGUAGUAGCAUUGGGGCAGGGUGUCGGGAAAUUAGAGUGUACCAAAACUGAGAAUGGAACGAUGCAGCCAGUGUAUUUCAAAGAGAAAUUCCCUGCUCAGAACUUUUUCUGGUUCCUUUUUGUGAUGCUUGUAAUCUCAGGUCUCUGUUUCCUAGCUCUGACAUACAGAGUUGCACCUGCAACAGCUCAGAAUACCCAGAAUCCUGAACAAGAGACAGAGAAAAAUAAAGAGGAGGAGAACCACCCCUUGCAAAAUGGUGAAGCACCUUUAGCAGAAGACCAGGUGGAGGUGGAGAAACAGGCUCCCAUUGUAGCAUUCUGGACAUCUCGCAAUAUCUACCUGCUUUUGCUAUUGGGCAUCUCCAAUGCUCUCACUAAUGGUGUCCUACCAUCUGUGCAAAGCUUCUCAUGUCUGCCAUAUGGCACCAUGACCUUUCAUCUCUCCGUGGUCCUUGGCAACAUUGCAAACCCUCUUGCCUGUUUCGUGGCGAUGUUUGUCCUUCUCAGAUCCAGCGGGGGUCUUGGUAUCAUGGCUUUGGCGGGUGGCGUUUUUGCAUCCUAUCUCAUGGCACUUGCAGCUCUUAGUCCAUGUCCUCCACUGUUGGGAAGCACUGGUGGUGCAGCCUUAGUGGUAAUCUCGUGGAUCAUCUUUACAGGGUUGUUCUCCUAUUUGAAGGUAGUGAUUGGAUCCCUGCUGCAUGAGGCAGGCCAUGCAGCAUUGCUGUGGUGUGGUGUCUUCAUCCAAGCUGGUUCUCUCAUAGGAGCACUCACCAUGUUCCCCCUAGUCAGUGUCUAUCAAGUGUUUGAAAGAGCUCAGGACUGUGUGGACAACUGUAGCUGAAAUUGAAAGGUUUACUGUUACACUUUGGCCUUUACUUUGUGGUAACCUCAUCUGGAGUGAUAUCAAGUAAAAUGUUAAAGUGAUUUACAUGGAACAAGGGAUAUGCGACUUGGAAAGAUCGGUUUGACAUCGGUAUAGUUGUCAGCAUAUGCGAAGAUGAAAAAGUAUAGAUGUUUGAAGCCUUUUGCCAAGUCAUGUAAUUUCACUGUGAGAACUGCAAAACACAAACAAAAGUGCAGCAAGAAAUUUAUACUCGUAUUUUUUUAAGUCAGGAGCACAUCUGUUUAAGAGCUGUUUUAUCAUUUUCGUGUAACAAUUAGGAAAGGAAAGAAGUAAGGUGAUGUAGGGCUCAGGGACAUUAUAGCAGUAUCAGUGCACAGAGGUAUGUAGUGCUCACUGAUAAAUGCCAGUAUUACAGUGUUAAUGAGAAUAUGGAGUUUAGGAAUCUGGGUAUGAGAGCUUGUACAGUUGCCUUUUGACUCGUCUUUGAUGUAGUGAUUUUUAUAAAUCACGUUUGAUUAUUUGCUCUGCAUUUAUUUUCAAAGCUAUUGAAUUGAUGCAUAUUUUCAUUAAGGGAGUCAUUUUUCUCAGUGAGACUAUAAAUCAUCAUUUCUACCUGAUUUAUAAUUGGUCCUUCCAUUCCCAUCUCAGGAUAUAACAUUACGCUAAAAAAAAAAAAUAUGACUGCGUUCACAGAUUUGGUGAUAAUGUUUGAUCAACAGUUCAGAGCCCCCUGUCUUACUAAGGGUUGUGAUGUGUCUCCUAAUCUCAGAGAUGAAUAUAAUGUUUAAUUGCAUAGAAUUAUGACAAAUUUAACAGUGCAGGGUUGUUGUGUCUUGAGCAGUACUGUUGGAAACACUGAUUUCUCUAGAAUGGAGCUGUAAAACUUGAUGUUGUCACACAUUGUCUUUCAUAAUCCUCCAUGGGGUUUUGGUGAUGGGUUCUAGAUCAUGUCUGCUAAUGUCAUUCCAACAUUUUGAAAACUGCUGUUGUAGAUUACUAUUUGGGACUUUUUUUGGAAAUAAAAACAAUAUUGAGAGUUUUAAUUUGUGAGUUAUUGAGCUGAAUAUUCAAUAAACUGAUUAAUGUACCCCACCCCUCACCCCCUUCAGACAGUGUAUAAUACUAAUGUAAUUGCAAUCUGUUUGUUAGCCCUUCAUGUGGAUUCUGCUUUGGCAUAUAGUGCCUAUGAUGAAAACCAGUAGGCUGGAUAGGAAAAAUUAUGCUUUUCAUUUAUAAUUGACAAUUGAAUGUUUUUGUUUUUUUUUUUUGUUUUUUUUUUAAACAUACCUUUAAGCUCCUUGCUCUGUUGUUCAUUUGUCAAAUGUCAGUUUUUGAAGUAAUGAAUAAUUUAUAUAGUAUACCUCAUUUUAAUCUUGAUAAUAUCAUGAAUCAGAAUAUGUGAUUGCAGUGGGUCUGAAAUAUGUAGAGAAUUUGUAUGCAUAAUUUUGUUUUCAUGUGCCUUAAAAUGAUUAUUUGUUUGUAUCCUAUAUCGUAGGGACUAUACCUUAAAAUUCACUAAGUCCAUUGCUGCCAGUGUGAGACAGGUAUUGUCUCCUCUCUAACAUUUGCUAUGUUUUGACUGAUGACAUCAGUUCAGUAUAGAUUUUCCUAGUUGAUCUAUGUGUUUAUAAAGGGAACAAUUUUGGAUUUACCAGCAUUUUUAAACAUAAAAAGAAUGGGCACACCUGCGCUGGUCAUCUGAAAUCUGCAAUGCAAUGGUAGCACAGCAUGUUCUUUGGUAUCAGUUUUUUCUAAAUGUUGUGUUCACACCAGUAACUGCCAGGACUGUUGCCCAGUGUCAUAAUGUCACCUGAACUGAGGGUAAAGUGGGUAACUAGUUUGACAUCCUCUCAGAUAUUUUGUGUGUGUAGAAAUUUCAAUUGUGAUUUUAGCUUUUUGAUUCAUAUAAUAAGAACCUUUGGUCUGUAAUGUUUAGUGAUCAUCUACAAAUUGUACAGAUUUGUAGAAAUAAAGAUUAUAUCUGUUGUCA